AUGGCUGCUAACCAAAGCCAUCAAAAUACAAGAUACUUGAAGAAUUUAUCCCACAGUAGCGAUAAAGAUUAUCUGAAAAUUGGGCGUACAGGCAGAAGAGAAAUAGAAAAAAAUGAUCGUGUUGAACGUGCACGAGUUUUUAAAACUCAAUGCGAUUCUGAUCAAGUAAACUUGGACGUAUUACUCGAUGCUGUACCUGAACUUGAUAUAAAUGACAUUGACAAGUCGAGAAAAAUGACGGGAAAAAGCGAAGAGAUUGUGCGUGAGGAAGAAUCUAAAGCUUCUGGAUUUAUUUGUAUGAGUAAAUCUGUCAAAAGGGUAAAUCGUACGCACCCGAGAAAAACAAAUCUGCGUGAAAAUAAGCAAAACUUAUCCUUUCGGAAUGACGAAGUUGUUGCUAUUGACUUGGCGAAUCAAAGUCUUUUGAGAAAGAUCAGUUAUCCUCGACCGAGCUCAGCCUCGAAAACUGCACUUGGUAGAAAUCAUUCUGUUCGUGUAAAAACCUCUUCAAAAGUCAACAGAAAGAAGUUUCAAAGAAGAAUAGACGAGAAAAAUCAGGCUAUAUUACGUCGCCUUGAAUCAGUGAAGCCAACAAAGACUUGAAUCGAGAAUAUCUUCUACGAAAUCAAACACCUAAAGUUCAAAAACUACGAUCAACAAAAUCAUGCCAUAGCACUCCGCAUCUCAGGAAGCAUGACUCCAAGGCUUGAAAGGAAACUAAAUUACUACUGAAGGAAGUUAUGAGGUAAGUCAGAGUACAUUACU